AUGGGGGCUUCGCGAUGUCACUCCUUCGAGGAUGCCUCUUCCACGGGCAAUCAACAUGCAUUAUCCAGAUCAUUAUCUCGAUCCAAUUCCUCACAGAGUAAUGGAUUCAUUAGACUAUUCGAUUUUGCAACAGUCAAUACACCAUUCCAUGAGACUCCAGCCAGUUCUCGGAUAUCACUUACCAUCAGACCCAGCUUCCCCCACUCACCCAGUACACCACGCUUGAAAGAAAACAGAACGGCGGAUGUGCCAUCUCCUGAGCGAGGGCGUCGUUUAUCAAGAGGCUAUCCGGUUGGGGAGCCUACUCGAAAGAAUCUUUCCGCCUCAGUAUCUCCUGAUCGAUUCAUUCCAAAGCGCCAAUUUUCCGAGAUCUCAUCAACACCAUUUCGUGUGAACAAGGACCCUCACCAGCUGUCUCCUGAAGAAAAAAUUCUUCGUCGGCGCCUGCCUGGAGACGAUCCAUUUCUUCCCACCCGAGCCCAAGAGCCCUCAUUCCCAGGACAGAGACCGACGCCUACUCGACUCCGCCAAAGGCCCCUCCAGCGACCUCGCUUGAUUGUUGACCCUGCUGUCACGCGAGGCACCCAUCAACAUGACUUCCUGAGGCGAGUCAGUGCUGGUGGCGUCUGGGGUGUUGGUGGUACCACGGCGAUCCUCGAUGACCCUUCCAUGGCAAUUUUGAACGGGACGUCGAGUCUUUCUGGCAGAGGCUCAACGGCUCCAACCUAUGUCGCAAAAUUCUUGCCAAGAAGUAAUAGAGCUGAGGACCGAAACAUGCAUGAAUCAAGACUUGCCCUUGCUUUGAACAUUGACCCAACUACCAGGCUCCUUGGUACCUGUUUGCCCUGCGCGGAGAACUCACCCAGUCCCUCUUCUCCAUUUUAUGAGCGACUCUCGCCCUUUGUGUGGAAAGAUAGUGCCUGGAAAAGAGUAGAAAGGGAGCAGUGGCCAGCAGUUCUUCCCAAGCGAGAAGCUGUCCCUCCAAAGCCCUUUCGGAUCCUGGAUGCCCCGUUUCUUCGGGAUGAUUUCUAUUGCACCACCCUGGCCUACUCGUUCACAUCUGGCGUGCUGGCCGUUGGUCUUGCACAGCAUGUUUACCUGUGGUCCGAAAGUUUUGCAGUGGACCAUCCGCCAUUCAAAGAUGUGCACCCGUCGAACUUCGUGACAUCUGUCUCGUUCUCGUCAGAUAAUGGCGGACGAAGCAUUCUCGCUGUUGGACGACAGUCUGGUCAGUUGUCUCUGUGGGGCUUCUGUGAACCCGAUGUUCGCUUCGAAAUCAGUCAUCCCAACAGUGUCUCGUGUGUGGCAUUCAAGCCCAGAACUACCCAAAGACUUUCAGAGAGAUUCGCCAACUUGGAAAUCGACGCGGAGGAGAUUGCAGUUGGCGACGACGUGGGCAACAUCUGGUAUUACUCCGUCGAGUGGCCCAAAACCCAGAACAAGCGGGGCUGGAAUGGUUCCAUCACUCUUCUCGCUAAGAUCUCUGCCCAUACUCAGCAAGUCUGUGGCAUAGCCUGGUCUCCCGAUGAGCGCUUUCUUGCUACAGGCGGCAAUGAUAACGCAUGUUUGCUUUUCGACCUGGCUGAUAUCCUUCCACCACCGCCAUUGCUCGACUAUACCCCUCUGCCUGUCAUUCUGACUGGCUCUGAGACAUGCAGUGCCCGCGCGUUUCCGCUGCUUGGUCUUACCAAUACUCACCGGCAGUUCUUUCACAGGCGACACAUUGUCAGUCACUUGCUUCCAUCAUGGGUUCAUCCGUCUCGCAUGAGACCCACAGCGGCAGUGCCUCUUCUCAGUCUUACAGGUACCCUGAUUUCAGGAAGUGGACGAACCGUUCUGAUACCAUAUGAUCGUCAGAAGCACAGGCUUUCACAUGCCGCUGCAGUCAAAGCAAUCGCCUUCGCUCCGUGGCAACCUUCACUUCUGGCGACAGGAGGAGGCUCUAAUGACCGCGCAAUCCAUUUCUUCCACGCCCGCACCGGUGUCUGUCUCGCGACUAUCAAUGUGUUUGCGCAACUACAUUCGGUUAUGCCCAGCCAGAGCACCCCCUUCCGCAUAGCCGUCUUCGCAUGGCCCAGCUGUGCUCAGGUUGCCGUCAUUCCUUGGGGCCCUUGCGGGUCCAGCUGGGAUGGCCCAGAUCACGAUCUCAACUUCGACUGCGGACGAGCAUUAUGGGCAGUCAGCUACCCUGGUCGACCACCUCGCCCCCCAAUUCCCACACGGGAUGAAUUAGAUCUUUUCUGUGCAUCGCCACGAACAACUCCAGUGCCACGAACUCGUUCACAAUCACCAGAACGCGCAAAUGAAACAGGUCGUCCGCGGCCUAGUGUUCGAAUUGUCCGGCCCAAAGAGAAAGAAGGCGGAAUGUGGUGCCCACGCACAGUAGAAGAAGGAUGCAUCAUUGUCGCAUCAAGCGAUCAGACUGUCAAAUUUCACGAAGUAUGGACAGGCCGUCGCAGGAGCACCGGCUCCCCCAGUGGACUGCUAGGAGGCAGCGAUAUCCUGAGAGGAAUGGAAGGAAUUGAGAAGUCAAGCAGUGAAGUCAUUCGCUGA